AUGAACUACCUAACCUGGGCCCUGGUCAAUGGGCCUGUCGGCGUAAUCAACUUCAUAAUUAAUGCAUUUUACAUCUUCUGCAUCGUGUGUCCGCACCGCAGAGAAAGGAUCAACAGCGUUUCCUCCUCUGUCUGGCUGAACUUCUUCUGUUACACUCAGAUUGUUCCUGCACAUAGAGCCAUCUUCAUCUGGUUUAAGGAGAACAUCAAACCAAUCAUCUUCUGCAUUUUGCUUUUAGAAAACAUUUAUGAGUUGCUGAACCAGACUGUGGAUAUAUAUGCUAUUAUGGUUAUCAUAAAGAAGGGUCAUUUUUAUCUCUCUUUUGUUGUGAUGAUGACAUCUAGUUGUAUCACUGUAGUCUAUCUAGGAAUGCACAUUCGGCGUAGGGUUAUAAAUGGACAGUCCCUUUCCAGUGCUCGGCUCAGUAGCCAGUUGAGAGUCACCAUCACUGGCGUCAUUCAGGGUCUCCUGUAUUUUUCCUAUGCUGUCUGGCACGAGUACAUUUUUACGUCUCAGCAAAAUCUGUCUGCUUUCAUAAGUCCUUAUGUACGAUCAACAGCGGUCAGUUUCUACAUGUUGGGCACCACAUUUAACCUGGGAGCGGGUCAGUCUGUGUUCAGGCAGCAGAUAUGUGGAGCAGAGCAGUGGUACAGUCUGACUGUUGUUGAAAUACAAAUGUGUUUAUCAUUUGAGGUUAACGAAGCGCACUGCUCUGUGUCAGAUCCUUCAGGGCGUGCCCCGUGA